AUGAUUCAGGAAUUCUUCAACGUCGGCACGAGCUCUGCGCACGUGCAAGUCGCUGUGGUUAUAGCAAUCCUUGUCAUUGCCCUUGUCGUCACCUUCUCGCAGAAAUCCGGGCCUCCCCUCGAGAUUUCUCAGCUUUAUAUCUAUCCCGUCAAAAGUCUCCGGGGCUGCCGGCUUGAAAAAGCUUACAUUGGACGCUAUGGUCUCCUUGGCGACCGCACAUUCUGCUUGCAGCGCAUUCACCGAGAUGAGGACGGAAACUUGACCAGGCAUGAGACUAUGCUGAUCGGUUACUAUCUUCAAUUGGCUCUAUUCAGGACUGCGAUAGAUCUCAAGGAUCAGGGCGAGAACAUGGCAAACGCCCAGAUCCGUGUUUCUUGGCAUGGUGCUGGCUCCGAGUUUGGUGCCAGUGAUGCCAGUGUCGACUCGGAUCAAAGCAUACAGUUUCCUCUCGUGCCGUCUCUUGAGGGCCGAAGCGAAGUGCAGGUGGACCUCCACGGAAGCUCGUGCGCAGCCUAUGAUAUGGGCGACGAGAUCUCCCAGUGGUUCACGGAUCGCCUAGGCUUUGAGAUAAGACUUGUACACAUUGGUAACGGUUCUCGACCUGUACUUGGUACCCUGGCCCCUCACAGUCGGGGCGGCCUCAAAAAGGCUCGAUUGGUCAGGAGAAUUAGAGCAACCGUCCCGUUCCUGGCGCAGCCGGAAGAGCGGCUUGCCUUUAACGAUAUCGCCCAUUAUUUGGUCGUCACCGAAGAGUCUAAUCGACAAGUAAGCUCGCGCCUAGAUGGGGACAGCACCAUGGAUGUGACCAAGUUCAGACCAAAUAUUGUGGUCCAAGGGUCGCCAGGCGCAUUCGUCGAAGACUAUUGGGGUGAAAUAACGUUUGACGGAGGCAUCGAGAUGCCACUUACCGCCAACUGCUAUAGAUGUCAGAGCAUUACUGUUGACUACGACACUGGAAAGACUGCCACUGAUGAUCGAGGCGCGGUCUGGAAAAAGCUCAACAAGGACAGAAGAGUCGACAAGGGGGCCAAGUAUAGUCCCGUCUUUGGGCGAUACGGCUACUGCUUCGAAUCCACAGUUGGCAAGGAACUAUUCGUCGGUCAAACCGCUCAGGUAACUUAUAUCAACAAGGAACGAACGCACUUUGACUGGCCGGCUUUGACUACUUUUGGCGUGACCCAAACAAAGAAAUAA